UGUCAACUUUAGGCCUAGAAUGGCUAGAAAUCCUUAAGUUGUCUUUGUCAUGCUGUCUAGUGACAUUGACAAUGACAAUUGACUUUGAAAUUGACUUCAGAAACAGGGAAAACGCAAAGGCGCAAAGAGUGUUUUUCUCAUUUCUCUUCUCAAUUCUCAUAAAAUUUCGAAGCAGACUAACAUUAUUUGGAGAGUUCUCGUACUUGAAUCAAGUCGUCUAGUAGUAAAUUGUUAGUGCGUUCAAUUUAUAAAAUACAAUGGCAGAUCAGAACGCAGAACCCGUAACUACAGAAGUUGAGAACAACUACUCCACUCCAGCCAAUGAUCCCAAAAAUAUGCAAGAAGUAACGCAAUAUGUUCAAUCACUACUGCAGAAUAUGCAGGAUAAGUUCCAGAGUAUGUCAGAUCAAAUAAUAAACAGAAUAGAUGAGAUGGGCUCUAGAGUUGACGAGCUUGAAAAAAAUGUAACAGACCUAAUGACACAAGCAGGUGUUGAAAACGAAAAGUAGGGAAAAGCUAUACUAAGGCAUCUUAUUUAACUAAACAUAGUUUUAUGUGUCAAUGUCUGUGUUAUGUAUAAUAUGGGUACAUUAAUAUUAAAAAUGUUUAAAUGCUUAGUCAACAAUGAAGUAAUUUUAUUUAUUGAAUUUCUUUUGUGAAGUCUAACUAAACAAGUUUUUUUAUUAAAGACAUAGCAUAAUUUUUUUUGAAGCUGUGUUAUCUAACAUGUACUUUUUUAUUAUUAGUAGUAGAUAUAACAUUAAAAUUUCACUAUUUAUAUUUUGGCUCGAAAAUUUUAUUAUUGAAGCAUGCACUAAGCAAUAGCCUAUAUGCUGCUGUUUUUACACUGACAAUAUCUAGUAUUUAAUUAAAUUAAUGUAGGUACCCAUAUUGUAUGUAGCAUUGUAGAAAUAUGGGUAUUCAAAAGUCAUGGUAUAAUAAUGAUUACAUUUCAUUCAUAAAAUUGACAAGUCUGUCAUUCUGUUGGUACAGCAAUAAAUGAAAUUAUUUUGCUUGCUAGUAAUAGCAUAUUUGUGCAGCUUAAUUGCAUAGUCUAAAAGGAUAUUGCUGUUGAAGAAAUAGCUACAUGAUGCCUAACAAUGUGUUAGAUAGAUGUAUGCCAGAGAACUCUGACAUGUCCCUAUUGUGUUGCUGGUCUUCCGCAUAACAUCAGUUUUUAAAAAGAAAAUAAUUUUACAGUCUUGUCCUUAAGUGUUUAUACAGGUGUAUGUCUGUAUUUAUUUCAACUGCAAGUAUAUUACGGAUUAUUUAAUAAUGUGAACCAUUUAACAGAAUUUUGAAUACUCAGAUUACUACUGUCAAAUUUCUAGGCAAUAAAAUAUCUAUAAAAGAUAUUUUGUAAUAUCAUGCAUUUCAUAAUUAAGUCACUGUUAUAAUUAGUAGUUUGGUGGAUGAAAAUCAUGUAUAUUUUCUUUUUUGUAAAGAUAAAAUCAAAUGUUUUUACUUGUACAUUGGUAGUGUUGUCAUAUUGGUUGAAAAAAUUGCUUGAAUAAAUGAUGAGUAUCUUAUAGCUCCACAAAAAUUCAUUAUUCUUUAAGGUUUCUGCAUUCUAGGAUAGUAGUAUGUGGUAUGGGCAUACUCAUAUAUCUGUUGAAAGUGUUAAAAUUCUUCUUAAUUUAUGUCUUUGUGUAAUACAUUCAAACAUAAAAGUUAAAUGACUGACAGAUAGGAUAAAAAGUUAAGAGUAAUCAGUUUUUGAUUAAUAAUUUUAUUUAACUCUAAAUUAUAGUAUGCGCCAAACUUAGAGUCUGCUCUGAAUAUGAGGCAUAUAGCACAGAAUACAUACAGUCAUUGUACUAAACAGAUUCCAGAGGGUAUAUAAUAAUAUCGGCAUGUUAGAAUGUCAAAGCAGACUAGAAGUUGGUGCAUACUAUACCUGCUUUACUGUAUUAUAAAUUAUAAAAUGUUUACUUGAAUAAUAACAGCUAUAUUCAUCAUCAUCAUGUCACCAGAUGGACGUCCACUGCAGGACAUAGGCCUUUUGUAGGUACGAUCCAAACAUCACGAUACUGAGCCGCUAACAUCUAUAAUCUAUAUUAUAUUAAAUAUUUGGUUUAUAUACCUGAUAUAGCUCAAGGGUGGACUGAAAUCAAAAAGGCUUUCAACAAAUAACUGUCCUACUCAUGACUUAUUUGUAGAAAGAUAAAAAAAAACAAUUAAUUACAUAACAAAUAUUGUUAUACUAUAUUUUCAUUCUAAAUUGAAAGACUUUUAAACAGUAUAUUACUUAGAGAAGCCUGAAUGUUUCUUGUUUUUAAGUUUCAUAUACUCUGAAAUACAUACUUACACCUAAUUUAUGUUUAUAAGUUAGGUCAAAAUAUUUUUAUGACAAACCUUGAUUUUUUUUGCACCUUUAGAUAUGAGAGUUUUCUAGUAUGUUUGUCACAUUGAAGAGUGUUGGAUAUGUAACAGUUGCCUUAAUAUGUCUCAUUAACUAUUGAUAAGUAAGUGUAAUUUAAUAAAUUGUAUUUUAGGUACCUACUUUGUAUCAUUACAGCAAAAUCGUUUUUAUGUAACAUGGAUCAUUUCAUUAAUUUUGUUAACAAUGUAAUAUACAUAUCUAAAGUA